ACUGCUAAAUCCUCUUGUUUAAUUACAUAUUUCAUAAAAUAUUAUAUACGAUGCAUAAAAGCGUUUAUCUAGUGCUAUUUCGUGACAACAGGGCAAUAGUUGUUUAUAAUAAUGUAGUUGGCAUAAGGGCUAUAUCGCUUCCAACCGAAAAUGAGCUUCCACCUGUAGGACAUAGGAGCGUCUGCUCACUCUGUGGCAACGACAUUGAUGAUGGUCAAUAAACAUGCAUGGCACAGAUCUACUUUUACCUUCUACAGAGAAACUUUAAUUAAUGGAGCAGACAGGGAGAUGGAUAAGAUGCCUCGUAUUUUCACGGAGAA